AUGACCCGAUUAAUUAGUACACAAAUCUCCCAAUUUCUCUAUCCUAUCGACCUCUUUCAAUCUCCUUAUUCCUGUCUCCACACAACCCCUGAUCUCAAGAUGGUGUCGGACGCGAGCAAGAAGAAGGCGGCGCAGAAGAAGGCAGCGGCAGCUGCGAAGAGAGGAGGGAAGGCUGCGGCGGCGUCGAAGGCGGCGACAGUAGCAGAGGCGUCAGCUAAUGCACAAAACGGAAGUGCCGAUAAUUUGGCGAACGGAGUGGAAGCUCUUCAUAUUUCUGAUCGGACUUGUACCGGUGUUUUGUGUUCACAUCCUCUUUCUCGGGACAUCCGGGAUAGGGGAGCUGGUGACACUUGGAAGUGUCUGCUUUUCUCUUUAAAAAAUCAUGGUUUUUCAAGGUGGAUUUCUGGGCCGGAAAUGAAGUAUUUUGGGUUUAUGGCGAAGAACUUUGGCAUUGAUGAUCGGAUAGAGUCUCUCUCACUCACUUUUCAUGGACAUGAUCUUAUUGUUGAUUCUGAACUGGAACUAAACUACGGGAGGCGUUAUGGUUUGCUUGGAUUGAAUGGCUGUGGGAAAUCUACUCUUCUUGCUGCAAUAGGGUGUCGGGAGCUUCCUAUUCCAGAGCAUAUGGAUAUCUAUCACCUAAGUAGAGAGAUUGAAGCUUCUGACAUGUCUUCACUCGAGGCUGUCAUAAACUGUGAUGAGGAGAGGUUGAGAUUGGAAAAAGAAGCUGAAGCCUUGGCCGGACAGGAGGAUGGUGGUGGAGAAACUCUAGAAGGCAUUUACGAACGUUUGGAAGCCUUAGAUGCAUCGACUGCGGAAAAACGUGCGGCUGAGAUCUUGUAUGGUCUUGGUUUUAACAAGAAUAUGCAAGAAAAGAAAACGAGGGACUUCUCUGGUGGCUGGAGAAUGAGAAUAGCUUUAGCUCGGGCUCUGUUCAUGAACCCAACCAUCCUGUUGCUUGAUGAACCCACAAAUCAUCUUGAUUUAGAAGCUUGUGUCUGGCUGGAGGAAACUCUGAAGAAAUUUGAGCGUAUCCUUGUUGUGGUUUCACACUCUCAGGACUUUCUGAAUGGUGUCUGCACUAACAUCAUUCAUAUGCAAAACAGAAAGUUGAAGCUUUACACUGGCAAUUAUGACCAAUAUGUUCAAACCCGUGCUGAACUUGAAGAGAAUCAGAUGAAGCAGUACAAAUGGGAGCAGGAGCAGAUUGCUUCAAUGAAGGAAUAUAUUGCCCGAUUUGGUCAUGGAUCAGCAAAACUAGCCCGUCAGGCACAAAGCAAAGAGAAAACUUUGGCCAAAAUGGAGCGUGGUGGGCUUACGGAGAAGGUAGCGAGGGAUAAGAUUUUAGUUUUUCGCUUCACCAAUGUUGGAAAGCUUCCCCCACCUGUAUUACAGUUUGUGGAAGUUGCAUUUGGCUACACACCUGAUAAUCUCAUCUACAAGAACCUUGAUUUUGGGGUUGAUUGUGACUCGAGAGUAGCCCUUGUGGGACCCAAUGGAGCAGGAAAGAGUACACUGCUUAAGCUGAUGACAGGGGAUUUGGUUCCCCUUGAUGGCAUGGUGCGACGGCACAACCACCUGAGGAUUGCUCAGUUUCAUCAGCACUUGGCUGACAAACUUGAUCUGGAGUUGUCUGCUCUACAGUUCAUGAUGAAAGAGUACCCCGGAAAUGAGGAAGAAAAGAUGAGGGCAGCAAUUGGAAAGUUUGGGCUUUCUGGUAAAGCGCAGGUGAUGCCGAUGAAGAAUCUGUCUGAUGGGCAAAGGAGCCGGGUGAUUUUUGCAUGGUUAGCAUGGAAGCAACCCCACAUGUUGUUAUUGGAUGAGCCAACUAACCAUCUGGAUAUUGAGACUAUCGACUCGCUGGCUGAAGCAUUGAGUGAGUGGGAUGGCGGCCUGGUUCUUGUUAGUCACGAUUUUAGGCUCAUUAAUCAAGUGGCCCAUGAGAUAUGGGUGUGUGAAAAUCAAGCUGUGACACGGUGGGAGGGUGAUAUUAUGGAAUUUAAAGAGCACUUGAGGAGCAAGGCUGGCCUAUCUGGUUGAAGCCAAUAUUAGUAUGGGUGUUCAUAUACAAGUUUAUAUAUAUAUCAUUAGUAUUUGUUAUCUUACAGCAUAGGACCAGCAGUCGGUGAAUGCUUUCUCCAAUCGGAUUACGGCAAAAGCAAGGGGAGCAGAGGAGGUGAUCAUGGUGGCUUGUGUCAACUUGGUUCCUUCUCUGGUUGGUUAUUAUUUCUCCUCACCAUGUACAUUUUCUCUUAUUAUCCUUGGCUGUUUAUCAAGUUAUAUGACGGUAAUCCUCGAGGAUGUAAUGCCAUUGUGAAACUCUGUUCACAAUCUAUUCUAUUUACUUCUAGUGUCGUACCUCGGAAAGUGGUGAUGUUAUCUGUGUCUGUCUCCUGUACAAAAAUUUUGGCUGUAGCAUCUAUUGAGAACGA